AUGGAUACUCUGUUGAACUGCAGUGAAGAGAAACCACAACGGCGAAGAAGCCCACUGGCCGGCCCUCUCCCAGACUCACGUUGCUUCUCAUGGCAGAAGAUGGAGGCGCUGGGGAACAACAGGCGUGUGAUCAUACUUAGAGCACCUUUCUGUUGGACACUGCUUCUCUUGCUCCUGUCCAUCCCUGCUGCCGCCGCCCAUGUGUGUGAAGAACGAGAUUAUCUCACAAACGACAAUAUAUGCUGUGAAAGAUGCCCUGCAGGUUAUAAGCUUGUAGAAAACUGCCGGGGGCAAAACACCCGGACAAACUGCACGCAAUGCCCGAAGGGAGAGUUCAUGGAUAGGGUCAACUACUCGCCCAAUUGUCGCAAAUGCAAACGCUGCAGAGAUUUUCUCUUUGAAAUCCAGAUAUCCCCCUGUGUGAGAAACAAAGAUGCCGUCUGCCGCUGUAAGGACGGAUACUACCGUUUCAACAUAGACAACCUCACAUACGAAUGUUACAAAUGCUCCACCUGUAAAGACAACGAGCGAGAAGUCCAGAAAUGUUCCUCUGUGUCAAAUACAGUGUGUGAAUGUAAAGACAACUACUACAGAGUGAAGAACAAGUGUGUGGCCUGCAACAAUUGCAGCAGUGAAUGCUCAGUCCACUGCCCACGCAAUAAGACGACCAAAGCUCCACCAGACACAAGUUCUUUUCUCAUAAAUGUGAUCGCUGGAGUAGCGGUGGCGGUGCUUUUCAUGCUGGUGCUGGUGGUGGUUGUGACUCAUUUAGCCACAAAACGUCAAACCAAGAAAAAGCUGCUGUCUUCCUCACAGUUAGAGGAACCUCCAGAAAUAUACCAGGAGCUCACAGUUCACUGCGAGGAGCCGUUUCCGGGUCUUCAGUACGAGGCGUCUCCGCUUCAUAAUGUGAUGAACCUGGAGGCGUCCAACCUGCCGGACUGUGUCCCGCUGGAACUAAACAUGCCAGAGGUCAUCUACUUCCUGCUGGAGCUGGUUCCUGUGCAUCAGGUGAAGCAGCUGGUCAGGUCUCUGGGCGUCAGUGACACGGUGAUCGAACGCGCCGAGCUGGACCACCGCUCGUCCAAAGAGGCCCACUACCAGAUGCUGAGAGCCUGGGCCGAGCAGGGCGGCCAGCUGCGACGCGGGGGGGUCCAGGGGGGAGUCCAUGGGGGGGUCCUUCAUCUGCCACAACUGCAAGAACUGGUGCACAAACUGAGACUCAUGCAUCUGGAGCAAACAGUCCAAGAGCUGGAGAACAACCUCCCCACAGGUGCCCACCUGAACGGAGCGGUGAACGGAGCGCUGAACGGCCUGUCCCUCGAUGAGGUGGGGGACACAUGGAGCCUGGAAGCAGAGAAGCAGAGGGAGGCUGAGGGGAGAGAUCACCCGGGGGACGUGUCUCCAACUGCAGAGACGACCCUCCAUCACCGGGGGUCUGCGGAGAGCCAUAAGAAGUUCUACAGUUAUCAGCGGCGCACAAAGCAGAAGGUGGUGACGGACUUUUCCACCGUGAGCAAAGGGACGUCUGCAGGGGCCAAACCUCGAGUGGCUCUGAGACAAGUGCUGUUCAAUCAGACGGAGAAGAACCCGGCUCCAGAGGUGCCUGGUCAGCUGGAUCUGCUGCGGCACCAUCUGGAGGCCUUCUCUGUACCUGUGAGCCUUGGCUGGAGGUGGGCCGAGCAGAACCACGGCUGCAGCCUUGAAAGCAACUGGACUGAGAUUGUACACUCACACGCGGUGACCCCUCUGCUGCUCUUCUCCAACCUGCCGUCCAUCAUCAGUGCACACCAGCUGUUCUGGCAGGAGGUGCUGUUCCCCAUGUUGGAGGCCGUGCGGAGGACGGGCGCUCCCUUCGACCCCAUGUGCUUAGAGUUUCGUAAGCGUUUCUCCUCGUACAAGCACUACUGUUGGGAAGAGGAGAGCACUCAGGAGUUUGCACGAAGACUACAGGAAAGCAACCCACAUUUCCACGCUUUUGUCCAGUGGAUAGAGAGCCAUCCGCAGGCCAACAGGAUGCGGCUGGGCGACAUGCAGGCCAAACCACACCAGAGAAUCACCAAGUAUCCACUGCUGCUGGGGGCCAUCCUGAAGAACACCUCACACGAGGGGGUCCAGCAGGCGCUCCGAACCAUGUUGUCUUGUGUGAUCCGUUUUCUGGAAAGCAUCAAUGACUACAUGAGGUUUAAAGAUGAGGAACUUGCUCUGUCCAUCUCUGCCGAGAGAGUAGAGGGAUACGAAGUGGAAGGAAUUAAUGAAGAAAUUGAUAAGCGUGUGAGGGAGGUAAGCACGUUUGACCUCUCGUGUCCGGUCAGUGGGGUUGGUCCAGAGGUUAUCCGGAGACUACUACUGGAGGGAAACCUCAAGAUCAGGGGCAGGAAGGACAAUAAAAUGGAGGUUGUAGCUCUUCUGUUUUCGGAUGUGCUGCUCAUGACUAAAGUCCAAAAGAAAGGGGAGCGUCUGAAGGUGAUCCGUCCUCCUCUGGCCCUGGACAAGACACACUGCUUCGCUCUCAAAGAUGGAUGUUCCUUUGUUGUUGUGGAGGUCGGGGAGCUGCUCAGUGUGAUGAACGUUUACAUCUUUGUGACAGGCACCACCAACAUCUGCUCCGACUGGGUCUUCAACAUCCAACAGGCAAAGGAAACUCUGAGGGAGAUGAGGGACAAGGAGAAGAGCCGGCAGAUGGACAAGUGGAGGCUGCUGCUGGAGUCCAAGUCUCAGAGUGAAGUCAACGGCAACGAAGCUGAGACAGACGCAUUUCAGGAGAGAAUUGACAAGGAAAACAAUGGACCUAUAACUGGACCUACUCCAGUGAACGGACCUCAGCUGUCUCAGGCAGUGAAUGGACCUCAACUGUCUCAGGCAGUGAAUGGACCUCAACUGUCUCAGGCAGCAAAACGCCCUAACCCUGCUCUUAACAGGAAAUCAGACCGAAAAUCUUUUCCCGGUCGACAGCCAGUAACCCCAGGGUAUGAGUCCAUUGAAAUGGCUGUGAGGAGUCCAGGAUUUAGAACGAACAGUGAUAGCCACAUGGAGGAGUCGUCAUGUGGAGCAGAAACUCAAGGCAUGAAUGGUAAAAAGGUGAACUCUGUUCCUGAUCUAAAGCAACAUUUCAUCUUUAACUCAACAACACCUCACAGCACACGGCCACACAGCAUGCUGGUGGGCGGGUAUCCAGACGUGGAUUAUCCUGUAAAUGAUCACAGCACUUUACAGAAAACAACAGACACCCAGAACCCACCAGGAUUGACUUGGAGGAGAGCCAGUGAGGGUAUGAACAGGAGAGCAGCAGACUCUGUACAGGUGGCUCAGGGGACUGUCAGAAACAGCUUGUCGGACAAUGCCACAGAGCCCAAGGCCUUCUCCAAAGAGCUCAGGUCCCCUGGUUUGAGGAGGAGGAGGCCAAUGAGCACACAAGGCCCUUCUGACAUGGACAAGCCGCCGCUGCAGAGGCCUGAACAUAACAGGUCUGUGUCCUAUAAUUCCUCCUCAGACUCAGACAGCAGUAUUCCUGCAAAGAGGAAUUCACUUCCUGCUGAUAAGAACUCUUUUCGAGUGCUCACCUUGAAUUCUCUUCUGCCAAACAUGUUCUGGAGCAUGAAAGAUGAUUCUCAGACUGUCUCUGAGUCUGAGCUCCCAGAGCAGAAACUGCACAACAGACGAGCAACGAUGAAGGCACAGCGCAGUGCCUCCAUCCCCAACAUUGUGCUCCAGGAGCAGAGCCUACAGCGGCCCACACGAUCUCCUCUGGAGGGGCUGCUGAACCGGGCCAAAGAGAGGGGCAGAGACUCAAUGAGGAGGGACUCCUGUGUUAAAGAACCUGUCUCAAGGCUGAAGGUUCCACGAUCUCCUUCUGUCUCCACAUCGCCCUCCCCCACCCCCAGUGAAGCCAGUCGGGAGAGCGAGUGGGAGGAGGAGGUGGAGCUGCUGAGACACCGGGUCCUGAGUGUGAGUCAGGGCUGGAGAGAGCAGCUGGUGGACGGGGAUGACGAUUGGAGGCGCAGUCCGAUGUUCUCAGAUGGUGUGAACGUGGACUGGGCCGGCUGGUGCUUAGACGAUGAGGAUUUGAUGGACCACUUACAGCCGGGCACAGAGGGGCUACUGGAGGGCAUCAACAAGAGUCUGGCUUCUAUGGACUUACAAGAAAGGCCUGAAUUGCCCAAGCAUGAGGAUGGGGAGUGCAGCCAACAGAUUUUACAUCUAUUUGAACCAGGUUGUCUUUAA